ACCAUUCGCUCAUUAACUAUUCAGCUGCAGUCAAACAGUUGCGCACUUGCGCGUUGCGCGUGCGCAGCGAAGGAUCAUGUUGUGUGUUUGUGUAAAUUACAUUUAAGUACCUACUGAUAAUGUGAAUUUGAUGCUGCGUUUCAUAACUUGAAGAUAAAAACUUUGUAAGGCAACAUUACGUGCUUCGUACAAUAUGGAGUGCUAUACAUCAGACAGCUGCGAUAGUGAUAGCAGGGAGCAAAAAACACUCGACCUAUCCAGCCGACUCGCAGACUGUACCACAAUAUCAACGGAAUUAAUAGGUAUAAUUGAAGAGAAAGAUUGUGCAGAAAACUAUGAAAUUAUCCUUCUUCAUGGCAAUCGAAUACAGAAACUACCAGAAUCCUUAAACAAGUUUAGCAAUUUGAGAAUGCUUGAUGUCAGCAACAACCGUCUCACCUCUCUACCUGACGUAUUUAAAUAUUGUCCUCUUACAUCUUUGAGGGCAAAACACAAUUAUCUCACAAAUGAGUCGCUCCCGAAAUGCUUCAGUGCCUCAAAAAACACGCUCAAGGAACUCAAUUUGAGUGGAAACAAGUUUAAUUUUUUCCCAGAACAAAUAUUAGACUUAUCGUCGCUACGGUUUCUUUAUUUAGCAGCUAAUAAAAUAGUAAACAUUUCCAAAGAUGUCUGGAAACUAAAUGGUCUGCAAGUUCUGUCGAUGGCAGGAAAUCAACUGACCGAAGUCCCGGAUUCGGUUGGAGCAUUAAAAUCGCUGCAAGCGUUGGUCUUAAACGAUAAUUUCAUCGAGCAGUUACCAGCUAGCAUCGCUAAUUUGAACCAACUGAGAUCCCUGCACAUACACAAAAACAAACUAAAGACCUUGCCAACCCAACUUAUCAAGUUAAAAUGUUUGACAGAGCUCAGUCUCCGAGACAAUCCACUGGUCGUGCGGUUCGUGAGAGACAUGACUCUCCAGCCGCCCUCGCUCCUGGAACUAGCAGCUCGUUCCAUCAAACUACACGAAAUACCCAUCAGAACCGGGGAUAUUCCAGUUACAUUAAUGGGUUAUUUGAAACAGGCACAGUGCUGUGUCAACCCCAAAUGCAAAGGUGUAUUUUUCGACAACCGUGUGGAGCAUAUCAAGUUUGUUGACUUCUGUGGUCGCUAUAGGAUCCCGCUAUUACAAUAUCUAUGCAGUUCCAAAUGCAUCACAGGCAGCUGGGAGAGCAGAGAGGUUGACAGCAAUCCUCACUCGUCCCACAUGAUGCGUAAAGUUCUUCUGGGAUAAAAUAAUUUUAGGAAACAGGAAUUUGUGGACCAAAAAUUUAAUCCCACUUUAAAUUGACAGUUUAUCAUAGUUCAUUUUGUGAUAUCACACCAAAAAGUUUUCUCUUUAAAAAACCAUUAUACUUAAAAUUAUUUAGCAGUGGUAAAAGCUAAAAUGGGAUAAAUGCAUAAUACUCACUUUUCAAUCAUAAUUUGCAUAAUAUUGUAAAAUAUUUUAAAAGGAUACUUUUACCAUGGGUGACUUUAAAAAUCUAUAUUAUCUUUUGAAGUAAAAUAGUUCAAUCAAGUGUUAAUUUUACUUUAUUCUAUAGUCUAUGCUAAUGAAAUUGUUACUAUAUAAAAUAUGUUACUGGCUUCA